CAUUUUACGGUUUUACAUUUUGCUUUUUGGUUCCAAAUCAACGAUAAAGUAUAAGCACUAUAAACGUCAUUACUUAUUAUUCAUUAUUACUACCUACUCUUAAGUUUUUUCAUAUUCCAUUUCCACUUGUUCACUACGCUUUGCUGCUGUUGGUCGUCUGGAUUUUUGUCAGUUGUUUGUAAAGAGUAACCAUAUUACGGUUGGCGGUUGCGAUAUGACUAUAUUUAUAGCGACAGACUGACGACUGUCGUUGUGCCUGGACGUGCUCAGUUCUCACAGGCUUUAGCAAUUAGCCUUAGCAUAGAAAACUAAUAAAAGUCUUAAGCCUACGUUCAAUGUCAAAAUGGCGUAUUUGGUGUAAUACUUAAUCGCCUACGAUGGGCAGCAUACUCUCACGAUUUAGAAAAAAAAAAGAUACAAAAGCAGUUUUGGAAUCAUUAGAAGAUGAAAUUAUGUACAUCGAAAACAUGACUUCAAAUACUUCACCGAUAAAUUAUUAUAAAAUAGUAUUCCAUUCAGUUCUCAUGUAUGGAUUUGUUUAUAUAAUUUAUUAUUUUGGUUUAAUAUCUGAUGAACGGCUUAAAAAUAACUAUAUCAUGGCUGUUUUUGCAGCAUAUCCAAUCAUAGCUCUAUACUAUUAUAAAUUUGAUGUUUGGUAUUAUAAUCGAAAAAUAGUGACAUAUAAAAAAAAAUUAACAGAAUUAAAAUCUGUAAAGAAAAAACUUCUUGAUGAGGUAAUGGAAAAAGAAACAUUUAAAGUAGCAAAAGAAAUUUUAGAAAAAUAUGCUCCUCAUCAACUUCAAUCCAUGACUUCUCAACAUUUUAUUACCCAAAGAGCACUUUCAUCUACGAGCAAUAAGCCACCAUAUGCUUCUUCUGGUAGACCAUUGAUUACCGCAUCAAAUGUGGGUCAUCCACCAUCAAUAAUGUCUUCGACAGUUAAGCCAAGGUUAGCUCUUCCAAGACCACUACUUUCAAGGGACCGUACAAUAUUUGAUCGUUUAGCUGAUAAAGUUCUUGGUGAUGGACCUCAAAAUCGAUAUGCAUUAAUUUGUAGAACAUGUGGUUCUCAUAAUGGAAUGGCUCGUAAAGAAGAGUUUGACUUCUUAGCAUACAGAUGUGCAUAUUGUUCUCAAUGGAAUCCAUCUCUUAAACCUAAACCUCAAUUAGCAAUUAGUUAUGACAACAAUGCAAUAAUGCAAAAUGGCUGUGUUACAUCUACUGAAACUAUUGAAGAAAUAACUGAUGAGAUAUCAAAAAGUGAUUCAGACACAAACGAGAGUGAGCAUUCUGAGCAUCAACAUAAAGAUUUAAUAAUUAAAGAUUCAGGUCCAACAAUUGAAGAGUUGGUGGAUCCACCAUCAUCAUCACAUAAUUCAAAUUCUAAAACUGGAGACCAAGUAGUGUUAAAAGAUGACUCUACACCAGUAGCUGAAGAAUCAUUACUGCAAUCACAAUAAAAUAAACCAACCAUUGUGGGGAAGGGGUUGUAGAAUGGUGUCAUAAUUAAUUUAAUAUUUGUUGUUGUUUUAAACUUAAUAUUAAAUAGAAAUUGCAAUUAACUCCAUAAUAAUAUGGGAAUAUUUAUUAAUACUAAUUCGUAACUAAUUCUCUAACAUAACAUUUGUUCACAACUUAAUAAUGUAUACAGGGUAUUUUAGUAUUAUAUUUUUAUGAUGUAAUCAAUUAUAACUUAAGUGUUUGUUAAAAUACAAUGUGUUUUAGAAGUAUUUAUUAAUACUUUGCUUUUAAGGAAAUUUGUAUGUAUCUAUCAUAAAAUGUAUAUCUUCUGGUUGAUGUAAUAC